AUUUAAUUAGGAAUUAAUGGGAUGCAUUUAAAGUUAAAACAAAAUGAAAACACCUCAAAAGGCUACUUUACCAGUUGAAAGGCAUGCUAUUUAAAAAUGCUAUUACACUAACACAUUAUAUAUUAAUGAAAUAGGACAAAAGUAUCAAAUCAUUCGAGAAGGAAAAAGGUUAACUAAAGUACCAAUUUUGAAAAGAUUAUAAUAAAAUCCACUAUACCUUAAAAGGACUAGUUCAUAAUCAGAUUUGAGCAUCUAAUCCAAAAGUACUUUCUGAACUUUAAAUUCCUAUGAAUUUUUAUCAGCCAC